GAUCCCUAAUAGCGACAGUGUAGAAAGUAUGGUUUGAGCUGUCACAUGGAGGUUUGAUAUCUUUUUUGGAAAGGAACAUGUUGGAAAUAAAUAAGACAGCGAUUGGUAUAGCGGCUGGAUUAGCUGGGACAUUGUUUAUAGGGUACUGCAUUUAUUUUGAUAAUAAACGGCGCAGUGAUCCUGAUUAUAAAAAGAAAGUCAGAGAACGCAGACGAAAAAAUCGUAAAAAUGGAAAUAACGCCCGGGGUGGAUUACCAAAUCUUAAUGACCACGAAGCUAUAGAAAGAUAUUUUCUGCAGGAAAUUCAAAUGGGAGAAACUCUUAUAGCACGUGGUGAUUUUGAGAGUGGAGUGGAACAUUUGGCAAAUGCUCUAGUGGUUUGUGGACAACCCGCGCGUUUAUUGCAGGUUUUACAAACAACUUUGCCACCACAAGUAUUUGCUAUGCUUAUAUUAAAAAUGCAAGAAUUCGGAAAUAGAUCAAGUGGUGAAACUGAAGAAGUUCCAAAAAUUGUAUCGGCUAACCAGUCUGAUAUGGCACCCGUGGGAAUGAACAGUUCAGCAGGAGGCGUAAUAAUUGAUGACCUCGAAUAGUUACAAACGUUAACUUUUUCAGACUUUUAUUAUGUAGCGUUCCCGUAAUUAAUUUUUGAAAUGUUUUAUUUGUUGGAUUCCAAAUAAAAUAAAAAAUUAUUCAUCUUGUUAUGAGA